CUUUGCGGAGUCGUAUUUGGUUCACAGUUUGCAUUUGUAGUUGAUGGCGCCAUUUUGGCGGUGUGUUUGUUACUUGUUGUAAAGGAAUUGUGAAACUCUUCGAAGAUGACGAUCGGGAAAAAUAAUAAGAUGCUUCAGCAUAUCAACUACAGGGUCAGAAUUAUAUUGCAAGACUCCAGGACUUUUAUUGGAACGUUCAAAGCUUUUGACAAACAUAUGAACCUCAUACUUGGAGAUUGUGAAGAGUUUCGUAAGGUGAAACCAAAGAACACAAAGCAAGGUGAACGGGAAGAAAAACGUGUAUUAGGCUUUGUUCUAUUAAGAGGUGAGAAUAUAGUGUCGAUAACGGUGGAAGGGCCUCCUCCACCAGAGGAAGGACUGCCCAGGGUGCCUAUUCCAGGAGCUGCACCGGGUCCUGGAGUUGGUAGAGCAGCUGGUAGAGGUGUACCUGCCGGUGCCACAGGUGUUCCUGCAGGCUUACAAGGACCAGUACGGGGAGUGGGAGGCCCAUCUCAGCAGGUCAUGACUCCUGCUGGCAGAGGUGCUCCUGCUGUUUCUGCACCUCCUCAGAUGAGACCUCAGCAGCCUGGACCACCAAGAAUGCCUGUUGGUGGUCCACCACCUGGCAUGAUGGGACCACCACCAGGAAUGAUGGGAAUGCCUCCUGGAAUGGCGAUGGGAAGAGGUGGGCCAAUGGGCCCUCCAGGUAUGAGAGGACCACCUCCAGGAAUGAUGCGUGGAGGUCCUCCAAGGCCACCUUAUUGAGGACCAUUAUUUAAAGAGGAUUGAGACAAACUGUGAUUUGUGAGCGCAUUCACAUUUGUAACUUGAUACAUGCCAGUCUUUUAUUCUUCAUACUCGGUAACUUUUGCAAAUAAAGCAGUUUAAUAAGAUAA